UCAGGGCGGGCCACAUUCCUCCGCUCUCCGUGCGCGGCUAUAUAAAGGGGUGAUGCAACUGCACUGCCACAGCUUCUCCCAGUCAGAGCGGGGGAGGCACACGGGCAGCCGAGUAGUACAGCCAGCGGCAACGCUUCUCCCUCACUUCCCACGGAAAGAGCACGAAAAUGAUGCUCCAACACCCAGGACAAGGCUCGGCUGCGGAAGUGAGCGCGACGGCCAUAGUUCCCUGCCUGUCCCCCACAAUGUCAUUCAGCUUCGAGGAUUUCACUAACCUGACGCCGCUGGUUAAAGAGGAACUGAGGUUCGCCAUUCAGAACAAGCGUUUCUCCACCCGGGCGCCCUGCUCUUUGGAUUCGGUGGUGGUGUCCGAUGUCCCCAUGGAAAUCUCAGCUCAUAAAACAGAGUUUGUCCCAGAGGAAGACGACCGGAAAAAGAGGCGGCGGGAAAGGAACAAAGUCGCUGCCGCCAAGUGUCGAAAUAAAAAGAAGGAAAAGACAGAGAGCUUGCAGAAGGAAUCUGAGAAGCUGGAAUCUAUCAAUGCAGAUCUGAAAGCCCAAAUUGAAGAAUUAAAGAACGAGAAGCAGCAUCUUAUCUACAUGCUCAACCUCCACCGACCCACGUGCAUAGUCCGGGCCCAGAACGGGAGGACACCGGAAGAUGAACGCAACCUCUUCAUUCAGCAGAUCAAAGAUGGAACCCUGCAGAGCUAAGAGACUUGCGCCAUGGACCUGAGUAUCUCACUGUAUUAUUACAAGUCACUUCAACCUCCAGUGGCCAAUGACUGUGUGCCGGAGAGACUUCUUGCUCCGGAAUCCUUCCUGGGAUAAGGCCUGGAUGGGAAGAUGUCUUGGCGACGUUUGCUUAUCAGAACACUGGUUUCUGAUGACCUGGAAAGGUAUCACGUGACUGAAUGGUAUUCCCGCCAGGGAACGGCGUUCUGCGAAAAGAAGCAGAGACACGGCGAACGCCAUGGGGCUUUAACUAGAAUCCAUUUACUAGUUCUGUUAUUAUUUAGCAGCACUAUGGGAUUUGUUUGUUUUUUACACAAAAAUGUGCAAUUUCUUUUUUUUUUUUGCCAGAAGCACAAUUAGUUCACAUUUCAGUGUUUGGAAUUAGUGGGGACUGAGCUACUGUCACCCACCCAUGUGUUGGGAAGAAUUGCAAAGCAUUGCCCUAUAGUGGAGCGGCAUGUUAAACUACAUUGGCUUGGCAGUGUUACCCCUGCUUUUUCAUAGGCUGGAUCCAUUGGGGCAAUAGGGAGUUAUGAGAAUGGGCUCACUAGUCCUUGGCAGCCCUUAAAGGUCCAUGGAUUCUAUAGCUCUGGAGAUAAUGGGGCAGGUUGGGCAGUAGGAAAGUGCAGAGUAUAGGAAGCGGUUGCUCUGUGCACCUUUACUUGCUUUCAGCCAUGAUAUCAGCACUUAUGUUCUAUUGAGCUCAAUACAUAGGGCUGCUUAUUUGUAUUUCAUUAAACAAUAGGCAGUGGGGUUAUUUGUUGCCCUAAUUGGAGUGCCCCCCCAUCCUUUGGUACUGAUGAGACAAGGGGAAGCUAAUUAGUCAGAUUCUUCUCCAUUAGUUAUCUCUUUCUAUAACUCAACUAUGAUCAUUCUGGGGGGAUAGGGCUAAGGGUAAAAGAAACACAAUAUAGCCAUUUAGGGUAUAUUUUAAUGAUUGUAAUUCAGACCAGCUCUGUGCAGUGGACUCCUGCUGAACAUAGGUGUACACUGUAAACUGCCCCUUUAAAGGGGUUGUUUACCUUUAAAUUAACUAUUGGUAUGAUGUAGACAUUGAUAUUCUGAAAAAA